AACUGCUCAUUACAUAUGAUUACAAUCCACUAUCUAUAGUAAAGUUAAUACUUGUCUUCUUCUUCUUCUUGUGUCUAUCAAGAAAAGAAAAGAAAAUAAUUUCAUUUUGAUCUAAGUUUAGAAUCAGUCUAAAAUGUCCACGAAAAUUCAUUUUGAUCCAUUUCACAAUCAAAUUAUUUCUCAAAAAUUCAAUCCUUCAUAUUCAAGAAGAUCAUAUGUUCAUUUCAAGAAGAUCAACAAGCCUCUCAAUUUCCUAAAUUCCAAUGCAAAGAUUGGAACAUUCAUUGUUAGGUGCAACUCAGCCAACAGUACUGGAUCAGAAGCUUCACUUCCUGGAAAAUCUCCAUCUUCUGAAUGGAAAAAAUGGUUGUUGGGAUUUUUUCUACCUAUACUGCUACCUGCAUUCAAGAACAAAGUCAGCCCUUUACAACUGCUCAAAAGCAAUGUGGAUAAAGCAUUAAAAACAGUGGAAACUAUGACUGAGAUAGUGGAGGAGGUAGCUGAGGAAGUAGAAAAGGUUGCUGAAGAGGUUGAAAAGAAACUUCCUGGAGAUUCAAAGUUUAAAGAAAGUCUUGAUUCAAUAGAAAAUUUAGCUAAAGGAGCUGUCAAAUAUGCCAACCAAGCUCAAGAUAUCAUUCACAAGAUAAAAAUUUUUGAUCAAAUAUUGAACGAAACAAGCAUGUUGUUGCUGAAUAAGGUAGACAUAUUUGGCCCCAGCAUUGUAGUCUUGUCCUAAAUUUUGUAUUUGUAUUACAAAAUUCAAUAAAUAAGUAUAAUUUUAUUUAUUAAUGCUUGAAGUCGUCAUA